AUGCUUACAUCUAUCUAUCUAUCUAUCUAUCUAUCUAUCUAUCUAUCUAUCUAUCUAUCUAUGUUUGUAUACUAUCUAUAUAUCUGUCUAUCAGUCUGUUUCUAUCUAUCUAUCUAUCUAUCUAUCUAUCUAUCUAUCUAUCUCAGUAUGUUUCUAUUUAUCUAUCAGCCGGUUCACAUCUAUCUUUAUGCAUGCUUACAUCUAUCUAUCUAUCUAUCUAUCUAUCUAUCUAUCUAUCUCAGUAUGUUUCUAUUUAUCUAUCAGCCGGUUCACAUCUAUCUUUAUGCAUGCUUACAUCUAUCUAUCUAUCUAUCUCAUUCUGUUUCUAUCUAUCUAUCUAUCUAUCUAUCUAUCUAUCUAUCUAUCUAUCAACUUUCGACACCUAAUAGAAUUGUGUAUUAUAAAAAUAUUCCUUUAUCUAUCUAUCUAUCUAUCUAUCUAUCUAUCUAUCUAUCUAUCUAUCUAUCAUGA